AACGGAAAAUAAAAACAACGAAACGAUCUAAAUAAUUACAAAGUAAGAAGAGUUGAAUAUACUUGAAGACAUAUAAGACAGGACUAAAAGGAUAUGCAAGGACAAAUGGAUAAAAAGACUUUUCAUAUAGCAAUUUAAAUAUUUAAAACAGUGCAUAUUUUUUUUAGUGUACGAAUGAAAUAUUUGUAAUUUCUUUAAAGUGUAUUUGUUGAAGAGUUAAUGAUGCUUUAGAGAUUUGAUACCGGGAAAAUAUUAAAUGUUUAACCGUAUUUGAUUGCAAAAAGUGAAAUAUAGAAAGAAGUAUAUAUUCCUUUCGUCGCAUUAGAAGUAACGAAACAGUCAAGGCAUGGCUGGAAAAAAAGAAGGUGACCCCGAAAAGGGCCACCAAGCUGAUUAUGAUAUUGUUAUGGCAGAAGAAUAUAUCUUAUCAGAGGUGGAGAAGAAUUUUAUAUUAGCUUCUGAACGUGGUGAUUUAUCGGGUGUCAAAAAAAUUAUUGAAACCUAUCGCGAUCAACCGGAUAAAUUUAAUCUUAACUGUGUGGAUCCAAUGAAUCGUUCUGCGCUUAUAUCUGCGAUUGAAAAUGAAAAUUUUGAUUUAAUUGUCGUACUACUUGAUUAUGGCAUUGAUGUAGGUGAUGCGCUGCUGCAUGCCAUAUCAGAAGAAUAUGUAGAAGCUGUGGAGGAGUUACUCCAAUGGGAAGAAACACAUCAUAAGGAGGGUGAACCAUACAGUUGGGAAGCCGUCGACCGCUCCAAAUCCACAUUUACAGCCGAUAUCACACCAUUAAUAUUGGCUGCACAUCGCAACAAUUACGAGAUUUUGAGGCUAUUAUUGGACCGUGGAGCAACAUUACCAAUGCCGCAUGAUGUCAAAUGUGGUUGUGAUGUCUGCGUUACAUCACAAGAAGCGGACUCACUGCGCUAUUCCCAGUCCCGUAUUAACGCAUACCGUGCCCUAACUGCCAGUUCGCUAAUAGCGCUCAGCUCUCGUGACCCUGUAUUAACAGCAUUUGAGCUUUGUUGGGAAUUGAAAAGAUUACAAGCGAUGGAAUCUGAAUUUCGUGCGGAAUAUACGGAAAUGCGUUUACAUGUACAAGACUUUGUAACAUCUCUGCUGGAUCAUGCACGCACUUCUUUAGAACUGGAAGUUAUGCUAAAUUUCAACCAUGAACCCUCAAAUGUCAUAUGGGUGCCGGGACAACGUCAAACGCUGGAACGUCUUAAACUGGCCAUUAAAUAUAAACAAAAAACUUUUGUAGCUCAUCCUAAUGUACAACAGUUACUGGCCGCAAUUUGGUAUGAGGGUUUGCCUGGUUUUCGACGUAAGCAAGCUUCCCAGCAAAUCAUGGAAGUUCUUAAACUCGGUUGUAUGUUUCCUAUAAACAGUAUGAAUUAUUUGAUGGCUCCGGACUCGGAUACUGGCAAAUUGAUGCGAAAACCCUUUGUUAAAUUCAUUUCUCAAUCCUUUUCCUACAUGUUUUUCUUAAUGCUUCUGGGUGCUGCUUCAUUGCGUGUUGUUCAAAUCACUUUUGAGUUGUUGGCAUUUCCUUGGAUGUUGGCUAUGUUAGAAGAUUGGCGUAAACAUGAAAGAGGCUCUCUACCAGGACCUAUUGAAUUGGGCAUAAUAAUGUAUGUGGCAAGUUUGAUAUUUGGCGAACUGAAAACUCUUUAUGCAGAUGGGCUGUUCGAUUAUAUAACAGAUUUAUGGAAUGUGGUAGACUUCAUAUCGAACAUGUUUUAUGUAACAUGGAUACUUUGUAGGGCCACGGCAUGGGUAAUUGUGCAUAGAGACUUAUGGUAUCGAAAUAUAGAUCCGUACUUUCCGCGUGAACAUUGGCAUCCGUUCGACCCGAUGUUGUUAUCAGAAGGUGCAUUUGCGGCAGGCAUGGUAUUUUCCUAUCUGAAACUGGUACAUAUAUUCUCUAUUAAUCCGCAUUUGGGACCAUUACAAGUUUCAUUGGGUCGUAUGAUAAUCGAUAUCAUUAAGUUCUUUUUGAUAUAUACGUUAGUAUUGUUUGCGUUUGGUUGCGGAUUGAAUCAACUAUUAUGGUACUAUGCGGAAUUGGAAAUGAAAAAGUGCUAUCAUUUGCAUCCAGAUGUAGCUGACUUUGACGAUCAAGAAAAGGCUUGCACAAUAUGGAGACGUUUUUCUAAUCUUUUCGAAACAUCUCAAUCGCUUUUCUGGGCUUCAUUCGGUUUAGUCGAUUUGGUCUCCUUCGAUUUGGCUGGCAUAAAGAGUUUUACGCGUUUUUGGGCCCUAUUGAUGUUCGGUUCGUAUUCCGUAAUAAAUAUUAUUGUACUGCUCAACAUGUUGAUUGCUAUGAUGUCGAACUCCUAUCAAAUCAUAUCGGAACGUGCUGAUGUUGAAUGGAAAUUUGCUCGUUCGCAAUUAUGGAUGAGUUACUUCGAAGAUGGGGGCACUGUACCAGCACCAUUUAAUCUAUGUCCCUCAAUCAAAUUGCUGCGAAAAACAUUAGGAAAAGUGAAGAGAAAACGUUCAAAGAGCUUUAUGCGCAAGUCGUUGGUGAAAGCACAGGGGUUGCAUGAUAAGGUUAUGAAGUUACUUAUACGUCGCUACAUUACUGCCGAGCAGCGUCGUCGUGAUGAUUACGGUAUCACAGAGGAUGAUAUUAUUGAAGUACGUCAAGAUAUUAGUUCGUUACGUUUUGAAUUGUUGGAUAUAUUCUCUAAUAAUAAUUUCAAUGUGCCCGAUAUUGAGAAAAAAACAGCAGCUGCUGCUGCGGGCACCAAGAAGAGCAAAGUGACCGAACGUCGCAUACUUAAAGAUUUCCAAAUCGGUCUUGUUGAGAACUUGAAACAAGAAAUGAGUGAAGAUGGUAAUAGUGAUAUAUUUUCAGUUGUAGCCAGAGUAAUGGGCAAGAAGAAGGCACAGAAAGGUGAUAAGGACUGGAAUGCAAUUGCACGUCAAAAUACUAUGUCAGCAGAUCCUAUAGGUACAAAACGUUCUUCAAUGCAACGACAUAGUCAGCGCAGCUUGCGACGUAGAAUCAUCGAGCAAGCCAAUGAAGGAUUGAAGAUGAAUCAGACCCAACUGAUAGAAUAUAAUCCAAAUCUUGGUGAUGUAUCACGUGCUACACGUGUAGCAUAUGUGAAAUUCAUGAAAAAGAAAUUUACUGCCGAUGAAGACUCCGUAAGCAAUGCUGGUGAUACUGAUGGAGAAGAUAAAGAAAAAGAAAGACCAAAGAGAAUGGAGGCAAUUGGUUCUAAAAAAUCGAUACUUGAUACAGCUUCUAAACUCACCGCUUCAAUGAAAGCUCCAGCUGCAGCAACUGCACCCAAGCCAGAUGCAGCUAAGCCUGCAGAGACUAAAGCUGGCGGAACAAAACCAACUGACACUAAACCAACAGAUUCCAAGUCAAGCGAAAGUACAAAACCCGCUGCGCCAGCACCUCCACCUAAACCAACUGAUACCACUGCUAAGCCCGCAAUAUUAAAACCUGGUGAAGCAACAAAACCUGACGCUGCAAAGAAAGAAGAACCGGCUAAGCAAACAGAUACUACCAAACAACCUGCUGCAGCAGCUAAGAGUACAGCGGCAGCUGCUCCACCAGCUGUACCAGCUAAGCCAGAUGCUUCAGCACAAAAAUCAGGUGCAUCGUCCACGACAACAAAAGAAGGUGAUAGCAAAGCAGAUGAAAAGAAAAAGGCAGAUGAUAAGAAACCUGAAAUAACUAGUGCAGCUGAUAAGAAACCUGAUGAGAAGAAAACUGAAACCAAGACGGAUGAUAAGAAAACAGAUACCAAAGCGAAUGAAAAGAAAGAUGAUAAGAAGGAUGACAAAAAAGAUGACAAAAAGGAAACCAAUAAAGAUGAGAAAAAAGAUGAUGAAAGCAAUGAAAAGAAAGGUGAUAAACCUGCAGAUAAGAAAGAUGAUAAGCCGGCUGAUAAGAAAGAUGAUAAAAAAGCUGAAGCUGCUCCUCUUAAGCCUGCCAUUAAAGUUGGUCAGAGUAGUGCUGCAGCGGGUGGAGAGCGCGGCAAGUCCACGGUUACUGGGCGUAUGAUAUCCGGUUGGCUUUAAAUCAAAAAGUUCAUUUGUCAUAUUUUAUAUUUAUUCUUAGACUAAGAAUUAAUUUUUAUUAAUUAACUUUA